AUGUCGGCUGAUGCGAAUGGGAGCAUCGUGUGCUGCUGGGGCUCUCCAAUUUGCGGCGUCACGCUCAACGACACGACGCCCGCUGGAAUCGCGAGGCACCUUCGUAACUUCCACUUUCCUGUGGGACUAUGGCACAACAGACUCCGCGGUACCUGUCAAUGGCGACAUGCCGGUACCGUCCCUUGCGAUAGAGAGAUGUUCCAGGGUAAUUUCGGCAAACACAUCGCGACAUGCUUCGACACCUUGUCUCUGGACAUUGUCUUAAUUUCUGACGAUAGCCUUACCAUUGACAAGUGCCAGUGGCCUGGCGCCUUUGCAUGUUACAAUACAUACACGAUCCCAUUGUCCCGUUAUCCUCUAUGCCUUUCCGCCAACAAACGUUUCUUCUUGACGCUCCAUGUGUCUCUUAUCGUCAGUGACAGAGACUGCCGCGUCGUCUUCUUCAACUUCGUUAUGUGUGGGGCUUACGGUCCCCGGCUCGACACUGACGAGGUUUUCCUCAAAGACCCGAGGUAUCUAGGAGUGAGCCAAGCGAUAGACACCAAAGUUCGGCGCACAUCAAGUCCAUCAGUUCCUGACGAGUUCCCCGUUCAUUUCAAAAACGUCGAUGCGAGAAGGAUGAGUGGUGGCAAACAUGUUCAGUGUAAUGAUCGCGGUGGGCUGGGGUUCCUGACCGACUCAAACAGACGUCUCAUUUUGGAGAAAGAGGAGUAUCCGGAGUCGCUGAACAUCUGCGCCAGCAUCACAUCGCUGCCCACCUAUGGUCCAAUGACGCUCUUGACACCUGUCGGUGGCAUUUGCCCAACGGUGGUUCCUGCAGGAAGAAAGUUUCUUGUCGAAGCCUCGGUCUGCACGUUGCGGUCGCUCACCUCCAUAUUCUGGAGCGGCGAUGUCCUCGCUGCGGUCGCAGUUUUGCGAAUGGAAACUUCACGCGUCACUUCACUAGUGGUGAUUGUCGUCGGCGAAAUGCCUGACGGUUGUCCUCUCUCGGACGCAGAUGCGAGUGGUUAUGAGUAA